CUAAAAGAGACGUAUUACAGAUUACGUGUGCUGGAUGGUAUCUUAAGUGAGUUUACUGGAGAACUGGCUGCGUGUUUGGCUUUUUUAAUUCAAGCUCUAUUUGCAAGGCUCACCACUCCGUCAUUCAUCAUGGGCAUACUCCCUAAAGUUGUUGCUGCCACUGUACUUCUACUCAACAUAGUUGUGGGGAUCGGAGUUAUCUGCCUUGUUGCGUCAAGAGAGGGCCAAGAACAUAGGACGGAUACGCAUAUCAGUCAGUCGAAAAUAUUCAAGCGACGACUUGAGCGGAUCUACGCUGAACAUUCGGAGAAAGCCUGGCACAAGUUCGCCACUGCAGGAACAGACAAGGGACAACCGAGUUCAUCUACAGCCUUUCUGAAUCUGCUGAAACCCAUCGCAUAUUUCCCUGGACUUGACUUCACCAGCCAUACAGAAGUAGACACAUCUGAGGAAACUGCGAUUAGAAACUGGGUACCUUUUGUCGGACCUGGGAGACAACUUUUGUACAACGGGAUGAAGUAUGAGAAUGGCAGCAUCAUAGUUCCCGCCACUGGAGUGUAUGCCGUGUACAGCCACAUCAAGUUUUACACAGAAAGAAAUAAUCAUGACGAUGCUGAGUCUGAUUUUCAUCAUAAUAUAACACGGUACAGUGCACUGAAGCAAGAGGAAGAAGCAGUAUUGAGGAAUGUCAUCAGCGAGAACAAAAACAGCAUCAUUGAUGGGUCAAGUCUGGAGAACUCCAGUGAUGUUCAUGGAUUGGUGCAGCUGGACGCUGGUGAUCAGCUGAUGGUGAAAGUAUCAGGGAUGAAUCCACUGAGACAUGACAGGGACUGGCAUUAUUUUGGAGUAUACAAGGCCUGACUUGACAAAAGGGUCCAUGCAUUUUUAGGGACCCCUGUUCGAACAGACCAAAGUAUCCAAAGCUAGUGCUAAGGAGUGAAUGCCCUUUAUUUCAGUCACUGGCCCCUUACACAAUCGCUAUUUACAUUGUACGUGAAUGAAGGGAGCCCCAGGUAAUAACUUCAUCCAGAUAACUAAGACAAAAUUGUUAUGGAUGAGCAACUUCUUUAUUACAAUUGGGCGACGUUUACAUUUGGCAUCAACAGAUAUGCUCAUAUUCCUAAAAACGUCUUACGAUUUUGAAGUGCUAAAAAAAAGAUAUUGCGCUGAAUAUGAUAAUGAAGUUGUAAUAUGAGAGGAGAGUAGGUAGAGAAAUUAAAAAUACGGGAAAUUGUAAUAUUGUUUAGGUAAUAGGGAUUGUGUCAAAUCAGUAUAGAAAGGGCAAACCAGACACACACGGUACUCUGUGAGGGAAGUAUACAAUAGGCAAAGUCUCUCAUAAGACCAACCUUUGUACCACCCCCAGUCACUAAACGGUAACCGGAACACCCGAAAGAGCAGAGAGAAAUACGAUGCAUUUACUGAUACUUGUGAUAGAUACAUUUCAAAUAAAACACUUCAGCGACCUUUACAGUCCUAAAUUUGAGUUUUGUUUCACAUUCUCCGACCAUAUCUGAUGGUCUAUGUCACAACAUCUUGGGUUAGAUAAAGACAAGAAAUAGCUAACAUUACAAACAUCCUGAUAAAUUCAUACUGACAAGAAGCCGUAUUUGAAUAAUAUAUUCUUCACAUUAACUGCCAAACAAUUAUAUCCUUAUUUGCCAAAGUCGGCUGAUGUAGAUA